AUGUUUCUUGUAUGCGAGAAGAGGCACCUGAGACACAAGAGCCGACGAAAACACCUCGGAAACUGGGACAUCUGGUCACCUUCGGGUCGAAGCCGAGAGGAAGCCUCGGAGCUCGCGCGACGUUCGAGGCCGUCGUUGGAGGAACGCGCGAUGAGCGGCACAAAGCGAGGAUGGUUGUUAGUUGAGGCACCGAGCAUGCAUUUAACAGUCGCCGUCACCGUUGCCCAGGAUUACGAGGUCUCGGACAUUCAGUGCAGCGGCGCGGGCUCGGCGGCCGAUCUUCUGACAGCGAAAAUCAAAAGGCCGGUCGGCUUCAGAGGCGCGCCUCUGUUCGCCGAUGACAGAUCGGCGAAUCCGCUCGCCGACAUUCACUGCCAGAUCAGACCCGAUUCGAAUGAUCCCCAGGAGGAUCAUUACUUCCUGAAGGUGACUGACUUCUCCCGAUGCGGCAUUCUCAAGAGAAACGGAUUCAUUCAUCUGCGAGUCUGGUUUCCCGCCUUCCCUGGGGUGGUGAUGCUGGCCGAUCAGGAGCUGAUUCUGAUGUGCCGGCCGCCCGAGCCGACCCUGCUGAGGCACAAGGCUGCUGGCUUCGCCGGCACUUUUCCGCACGGCGCCAGGGUGUCCGGGGUUGUGGAGGAGACGCCAGGUCGGUUGGAGUACGAAGUGGCCCUUUAUCGCGAGGCGACCGGGAAUAUAUCCGAUAGCUCGCAGACGGUCGAUCAGGCGGUACCGAUCGGUACCAAAUUGCAACUACGUGCCCGCAUUAGCCCGGACAGCGCGUGGGGUUACAUCAAACUGCUGGAGGUGACAGUUAGCCCGGACCCGGAUCAACCCCAUGCCCCCGGUAGCGUCGUGCUCGUCAAAGACGGCUGCAGGAAUCGCGAUUUCGCGUCCAUCAUCCCGCAUCAGCCGGCGAGGUAUCGCGAACGCAAAAAUGAGGUCUUCCUAGACUUCGAGGCCUUCCUCCUAAGCUCGAUGAGAGAGCGGUCGACCCUCUGGAUUCAUUCCCAGAUAAAGGCUUGCAUGGAGCCGCAGGACUGUCAACCGGACUUUUGUCUCGACCUUUUCGAACCCUCCGGACACGGGAGAAAGAAAAAAAGAGCAGUCGAGGCGAGCAUAGAAGCAUCAGGCGAGUUUCUUCCAAAAGUCGAGCGUUUAAUCAAAAGAUACAAUGAUUCCACGCCAUAUACAAAAUUCAAGGAGAACAUUGAAUACACGGUGAUGAUGCCAGAUGAUUUGUACGACAAAGUAGCGGCUGGCCUCGAAGGUAGCUGCGGAAAUUUCCUCUACGUGGCUACGGGAUUGGGGGCUUUGCUGGUGUUAUCAGCCUUUAUCAUGUGCUACCUGGCGUCGCGUCUUCACAAUCUGUCCUCGACGAUGCAGCAGAGCAAGUCUAUCGACGAGUUGGUCAGAGAUCGCACUAGAAAAUAUUGCGACACCACGCCUAGCUACACCGGCCGUUCGACGAUGCAAUAGAUACGAUAAAUCCAGAAAAAAAAAUACAAAGUAUACUUUA